CUGAAAUGAAAUCGACCUUUUUAACCGCGGGGCGCACAGAAAUUGAAUAUAAUGCUUUUAGCGCUACAAUACCGAGAAGAGUCACGGUUGCUUUGGUGUCAAACAAGGCAUUUAAUGGGGACAUUGCUCUUUCCCCAUUUAACUUUAAACCAUUUGAUUUGCGAGAAAUCUCAGUUCAUACAGGAGGACAUAUUUAUCCCAUGGUUGCUUAUAAACUAAAAUUUGAAAAAGAUCUUUUUGUUCGAGCUUUCGUUGACAUGUACGAAGCAUUGGGGAUGGCUAACUCUGAUCGGUCCAUUGAUAUUCCAAUGUCCCGAUACAAAAAUGGGUGGACAUUUUUUGUAUUGAGCUGCUUAGAAGUGGUACUACAAGUAUUCGUUUAGAAUUUAAUUCUCCCAUUCCUUCUGGUGGAGUUGAAAUGAUUAUCUUGGGAGAAUUUGAUCAAAUGUUAAUGAUAGAUUAUAAUCGGCAUAUCGUUUCGGAUUC